AUGCCUUCCGAAACCACCGAUAUCAAGCAAUUCCUCGAGAUUGCGCGGAGAAAGGAUGCCAAAGGUGCGCGCCUCAUGAAGUCGUCCAAGAGCAAGGACAUCAAGAUGAAGAUCCGAUGCAAGCGGUACCUCUACACCCUCAUCCUCAAGGACAGCGACAAGGCCGACAAGAUCAAGCAGAGUUUGCCUCCGAGUAAGUCACCGUCCUCCCUUGGGAGAAUUCUUUGUCCCGUGGCGUCUCGGUAG